AUGCUUCUGGGUUUUGCAACAGCAUUGAUCAUUUUGCUGGGUAUCCUAAGACAGUCCUGGAAAGAGGGAACUGAUUGCUGUUUGUGGGAUGGUGUCACUUGUGAUACAUUCACUGGACAUGUGAUUGGCCUUGACCUUAGUUCGAGUUGGCUUCUUGGCUCUGUCAAUGAAAAUAGCAGCCUCUUUCUCCUCCACCAUCUCCAGAAGCUAAAUCUCGCUUGCAAUGAUUUCCUUGGAUCGCAAAUCUCAGCCAGAUUUAGUAAGUUCACCAAAUUAACACAUCUUAACCUUUCUUACUCCAAUUUGUUUGGCCUAGUUCCCACUGAAAUGUUUCUCCUAUCUCAUCUUAUUUCACUUGAUCUCUCCAACUACGGCCUAAGUAUGGACCAACAUGGUUUCAAUAAGCUCUUGCAAAAUCUAACAGAAAUAAGAUAUCUUCAUCUUAACUCUGUUGACAUGUCUACUGUUUCAACUGGUUCUUUGGUAAACCUGUCUUCUUCUUUGAUAUCCCUCAACCUCAGGAAUACUCAGAUACAAGGCAAGUUUCCAAAAGAAAUUUUUCUUUUUCCAUUUCUCCAGGGGUUAAUAUUGUCAACAAAUAGAGACAUCACAGGUAAUUUGCCAAAGUUUAAUAAAAGCAGUCCUCUCAAAGUACUGGAUCUCUCUCUCACAAGUUUCUCAGGAAAAUUACCUGAGACAUUUGGCAAUCUUAUGUACUUAAAUUAUCUGUCUCUUUCUCAUUGUAAUUUCCAAGGGUCACUCCCACCAUCACUUGGAAACAUUACAAAAAUCACCUUUAUGGAUUUGUCAUCAAACGGUUUUGCUGGUCAAGUCCCAAUUUCAUUAUCUAAACUUGUCCACCUCACUCAGCUAACUCUUACAUAUAACAAUUUUUCCGGAAAAUUUCCGGAUGUUUUGGGUAAUCUUAGUAAAUUAAAGACUAUAGAUCUCUCCUUAAAUAAUUUCAGUGGUCAGUUGCCUACAUCAGUAUUCAACUUGAAUGGACUUCUUUCUUUGGACUUUUCUUAUAAUCAAUUUCAGGGUCAAUUUCCAAGUCAGAUAAGUGGUCUUCCAUAUCUAGGUAGCAUCAAGUUAUAUAAUAAUACUCUAAGUGGUAGAAUACCGGCAUGGUUGUUUACUUUGCCAUCUUUGAUGUUGUUAGAUCUUUCCCACAAUAAACUCACAGGUCCGAUUGAGCAGUUCCAGCAGCCUGGUCCGAUAUAUGCAGUUGAUUUGCGUGAUAAUGAGAUUCAUGGUCCAAUUCCAGAUUCGAUUUUUCAACUUUUGAAUCUCGUAGAACUAGCACUUGCAAACAAUAAUUUCAGCGGCAAUGUGCAGUUAGCGAUGCUUUCAGAGCUCAAAAAUCUCACCAGUAUUGAUCUUUCAUAUAAUGCUCUUUUGUCAUUAACAGGAAAAGUCAUGUUGCCCCAGCUUAAAUAUGUCUUUUUAUCUUCUUGUAGCAUAACUGAAGUCCCGAUUUUCUCAGGCACUUCAAGUUUGCAAUAUCUAGACCUUUCUAAUAACACAAUCUCUGGCCGAAUUUCCCCAUUGGAGCUUGGAAAUUGUUCCAACUUGUAUCACCUAAAUCUGUCUCACAAUUUACUUACCAGUGUUGAGUACAUUCCAUCCAUGGUCAAGCUUCAACUUCUUGACCUUUCAUCCAACUUACUCCAAGGACAACUUGUGGAUCUACCAACACAGGUUCUUUUCUUCUCAGCUUCAAAUAAUGAUCUGACAGGAGUGAUCCCUCCAUCAUUUUGUAAUUUGAGCGCAUUUCAAUCCCUUGACUUGUCCCAUAAUGGCUUAAGUGGAAACAUUCCAGAAUGUCUGGUCAACAGCAGUGUAAGGCUCAGCUUUUUGAAUUUGGCAAUGAACAACUUUCGUGGCAGCAUAGAAUCUUUGACGUUUCCCAAUCAAUGUGGUGUGACAGCUCUUAUGCUUAAUGACAAUCAGUUGCAGGGACCAUUACCAUCGUCUUUGGUUAAUUGCCAACUUUUGAAUAUCCUUGAUGUUGGGAAUAACAGGAUUAAUGAUAGUUUUCCGAAUUGGUUAGUAAAUUUUCAAUUUCUUCAAGUACUUGUUCUGAGAUCUAAUCAAUUUCAUGGUCCCAUUGACAAUUCCAGCACAAGAUUUCUGUUCAUUGACUUAAGGGUAUUGGACCUCUCACACAAUCAAUUUUCCGGUAUUUUACCAGGAAGUUUUUUUAACAAUUUUGAAGCUAUGAUGAGUGGAGACAUGAAUGCUGACAAUCUCGAUUACCUGCACUCACUUUUUGGUGCAUAUUAUUCAGUAACUUUGUUUGUAAAAGGUGUCGAGAUCCAAAUAGAAAAGAUUUUAUCUAUCUUCACAAGCAUAGAUAUUUCUAACAAUUUGUUUGAAGGGGGAAUUCCAAAGGUGAUCGGACAGCUCAAGUCACUCAGAUUGCUCAACUUGUCUCGUAAUAGCUUAACUGGUGAAAUACCUUCAUCAUUGAGAAAUUUGUCACAACUUGAAUCAUUAGAUCUCUCUUCCAACCAACUCCUUGGAAAGAUUCCUAUGCAACUGACAAGUCUAACAUUUCUUUCAGUGUUGAACUUGUCUUACAACCAUCUUGUGGGACAUAUACCUGAAGGAAAUCAAUUUAACACAUUUCAAAAUGAUUCCUAUAUUGGAAAUUUGGGGUUGUGUGGAUCACCAUUGUCAAACAAAUGUGACAAUGAUGAGGCACCACCAAUGAUAGAUGAAGAAGAAAACAAUGCUUCAAGCUGGUUUGAUUGGAAAAUCGCUUUGAUGGGCUAUGGAUCUGGAUUUGUAAUUGGCAUAUCUAUUGCUUGCAUGGUGUUCUCAACAGGAAAACCUCUAUUUUUUUUGAGAUUGAUUGAAAGAGUGCAUCAAAGAAAUGUGAGAUGGCUGAAUAGAGGACGUAGAAGAAGAAGAAAUUAG